AUGACUCUGGGCCUUGCAUCCAAGAUCGCCGCAUCGCACGACGUCGGCACUCCCGCAGCUGUCACACCCCAUAAGCCGAACCACCUCCCAAACCCGCGCAUGUCAAUCACUUCCAGCGCCUGCAUCAAGAUCGCCCCUUCACACGACGUCGGCACUCCCGCGUGCCUCCGCUCAUCCGACCACCGACUCGACAUCCAGCAGCGCAGGAAUACAACCGGUGGUACAUGCACACGCACCGAGCAUGCACAAGAAAGUGACAACGGGAGUGGCUUAAACGCCCUCACGAACGCUGGUCGUGCAUAA